AUGGUUUACCACGCCGCAGUCAUGUAUCCCAAUGAAGAGGGCAUUCAAUUCAACGAAACCUACUACCUGCAAUCCCACAUGCCGCUUGUUGAGAGCAUCUGGAAGAAGCACGGUCUUCUCAACUGGAAGAUCAUCAAGUACACCACUGCACUCGAUGGCUCUCCUUCCAAAUACCUUAUCGCUGCCAAGCUCGAAUGGGAGAAAGCUGAAGACUUGAAGAACGCUUUGCAGGACCCUGAGAGCCCCAAGGUCUUUGCUGAUAUCCCCAAAUUCACCAAUGUCCAGCCUAUUACCCUCGCUGGUGAGCAGUUGUAA